AUGCUCCUAGAGACAGGAACCUCUGCUUGGAAGAUUCUCCAGGAAAAAAUCCGGGAACUCUCAGACUCGGAUGAGAGAGAUGCUUUCAUGGUGGCUGACCUGGGGGUUUUGGCUGAGCAGCACAAGACAUUCCAGCAGAUGCUACCCCGAGUAACUCCCUUCUUUGCUGUGAAGUGCAACAAUAGCUCCAGUGUGUUGCGGGUACUGGCCAACCUGGGCACUGGCUUUGAUUGUGCCAGUCGGGGGGAGCUGGAGCAAGUUCUGAGGAUGGGAAUCGCCCCUACCCGCAUCAUCUAUGCCAAUACAUGUAAGCAGAUCUCUCACCUCCAAUAUGCUGCCAGCCAUGGGGUCCAGCUGAUGACUUUUGACUGUGAGGAGGAGAUUGCCAAGAUUGCCAAGUUCCACCCCACUGCCAGAUUGGUCCUCAGACUCUGGACCCAGGACAGUGAGAGUCUGUUUCCCUUGAGUACCAAGUUUGGGGCUCCCUUGGACCAAUGUGGCCAUCUAUUGACCCUUGCCAAGGACUUGGGAGUGAUUGUUGUUGGAGCCUGUUUCCAUGUGGGUUCUGGCUGCCAGACACCACAGAGCUUCAACAAGGCCAUUGCAGAUGCCCGGCACGUGUUUGACCUGGGCCUCCAGAUUGGGCACCCAAUGAGCCUCUUGGAUAUUGGAGGGGGCUUCCCAGGCAAAAAGAACUUCGUGCCUACAUUUGAAGAGAUGGCAGCUGUGAUCAAUAUAGCCUUGGACCAAUAUUUCCCAGAAGGCAGUGGAGUGGAGAUCAUUGCUGAGCCUGGCCGUUUCUAUGGCACUAAAGUGUGCACUUCUGCCCUCAACAUCAUUGGCAAGAAGGACGUGGUGGAACAAGGUGGCCGGAAACUGAUGUACUAUCUCAACGAUGGUUUUUAUACCUCUUUUGCAGCUAUCAGGAGGGAGAAGGAAACGAGAAUACCUCAUGUGGUGAAGAAAUUCAAUUGCAAGCCACUUCUUUACCCUUCCACACUGUGGGGUCCCACAUGUGAUGCUUUUGACCGUCUGGGUCCCACAGACGUCUUGCUGCCUGAGCUUCAUGUGGGUGACUGGCUGAUCUUUGAAGACAUGGGGGCCUACACCUACACCAUAAGCUCCAAUUUCAAUGGUUUUUCACGGCCUGAGCUGAGUUUUACCAUUCCCUCUGAGCUGAGCAGCACCACCAGCAGUGAGCAGCUGGGGGCAGCAGCCACCUGCAAGCUGCCCAAGCUGUUCUCCAGAGGUCUCCGGAACUCCACCCCAAGGCAGACCAGCCCAGGACGCUUUCUGGGCCUCAGCCUUUCAGGAACAAGCUCAGAGACCAACUGCCAUUCUCUCCAAGAAGGAAGCUGA